AUGACUAAGCUGUUUGACAUGAUGAAGAGGUUUCUGAGAGUUGUCUGGAAUUACCACAAUCUCCUCAUCAUCAUCCUCACCCCUCUGCUGCUGCUGCCUCUUCCACUGGUCAUCCAAGGAAAGGUGUCAGAAUGUUCGUUCGUACUGUGUGUCAUGGCAGUGUACUGGCUGACAGAAGCCCUGCCGCUGGCAGCCACAGCUCUACUCCCAGCCUUGCUCUUCCCUCUCUUUGGCAUCAUGAAGUCCUCUCAGGUGGCUGGGGUGUACUUCAAAGACUUUCACCUGCUGUUGAUUGGGGUCAUCUGCCUGGCAACGUCUAUAGAGAAGUGGGGUCUCCACCGGAGGAUAUCACUGAGGCUGGUCUCUCUGGUCGGUGUCAAUCCUGGAUGGCUAAUGUUGGGCUUCAUGAACAGCUGUGCCUUCCUCUCCAUGUGGGUCCAAAACACAUCCGCCGUUGCCAUGGUGAUGCCCAUCGUUGAGGCAAUCAUUCAGCAGAUCUUGAAUGCAGAGGGAGAAGGUGAGCAGCGCCAGCGAGCAAUGACAGGCACCAGCAACCUUGGCCUAGAACUGGAAGAGCAAAUAAGGAAUCAGAUGAAACGGAGUACACUACUCCAGAGGAAGCACCCUCUCAGACCAAUGUACGUUGUACAGGCGAUUGGGCAAAAGAUAGAGGGGCGCUACCGGACUAAGAGAGAACACAUGAUGUGCAAGGGGCUGUGCCUAAGCAUCGCAUACGCUUCCUCUAUAGGAGGGAUUUCCACCCUGACUGGGACCUCCCCCAAUCUCAUCUUUUCAGAGUACAUCCAUCAGUUUUACCCAGAAUGCACCUCCGUAAACUUUGGAAACUGGAUCGUCUUGUGUCUGCCAAUCAGCAUCAUUGCUUUGCUGUUGUCAUGGAUAUGGCUGCACUGGAUGUUCAUCGGCUCAGACUUCAGGGUGCUGUUCCGUCCUAGUGGAGAGCGCUCCGAGAGAGAGACUGCAACAGCCAGGGUCAUAGAGGAGGACUACAACAAGCUGGGGCCUACGAGUCCCCAGGAGGUUGUGACCGGGGUGAUGUUCAUCCUGAUGGUGGCGCUGUGGGUCUUCAGAGACCCUGGAUUUAUGCCAGGCUGGGCCUCAACCUUCCUCCCUCAAUAUGCGGGCUAUAUCAGUGACGCCACUGUGGCCCUACUGCUGGGGCUCGUGUUCUUCAUCAUGCCAGCACACAAGCCUUCUGCAGAUAAACACGGUAUCAAAUAUGAGGCCAUGAUCUCGUGGAAAGAGUUCCAGGCCUGUAUGCCAUGGGAAGUCACCCUACUUGUUGGUGGGGGCUUUGCACUUGCUGAGGGCACCCAGGUGUCUGGUCUGUCCUCCUGGGUGGCAAACCUGCUAUCUCCUAUGGGGAGCCUCCCCAUCAUAGCAACAGUCACCAUUGCCUGUGUCCUUGUCACCUCAGUCACAGAGCUGGCCAGCAAUGCAGCCACCAUCACCAUCUUCCUCCCCAUCCUUGCCCCUCUGGCCGAAACUAUCCGUGUGAACCCGCUCUACAUAUUGAUACCCACAACCCUCUGCACAUCCUUUGCCUUCCUGCUUCCCUCAUCCAACCCUUCCAAUGCCAUUGUGUUUGCCUAUGGCCACCUCACCACCAUGGAUAUGGUGAAGGCGGGGAUUGGUGUGAAUGUAAUCAGUGUCCUUGCAGUGUUAUUGGCUGUGACAACAUGGGGAAUUCCACUGUUUGACAUGGAUACCUACCCUGAUUGGGCACCUACUCCACCCACGUCAAACAUCACUGGAUGGUGAAGUCAGUCAGGAAAACACUAAAUACGGUGCCGUAGAGUGUUUGUCUAAUGCUGCGUUCAUGCACUCUUCAGAAGUUGGACACUGUACUAUCUGACAAGGAAAGUCAAGGUACAACCAUAUUACCACAAUGUUCCCCAAUUGAAUUUCCAACAUGGAAGCUGAUAAGUGAAGUUGGAUGGAGCUUUCCAGGAGAAAUUACAAAAUGUCCAAUAACAGAUGAUAACAGCAUUACUGUCAGGAAAAUACUUAAAAUGGUCAAUGGCAGAAUGUAUCCUUUAGUUGCACUCCUAAACCUCACCUCAAGCUCAGCCCCAACCAUCCUCCCUCUCGGGUUCUAUGUUAGGAUCCAUUCUAAUAGGGAGUUGGGGCUAAAGGUGAGGAUUCUUCAUGUGCCAGAAUGUUUAAUUUAUUGGACGUCUCACUGAUCCUUUAACAAAAUAGCAGGGGAGACCAUUUAGAAAGAAAUCAACUUCGGCAGGAAAUAUUUACAAUAAAUUAAUCGACAUGUAUCAUUGUUUUUGUAUAGGAAAUAUAAUUUUGUAUUAUGAAUACAGGACAUUGUUGCUCCAAGGACGAAUUGAUUUCAGUUCAUUUGUGCACAAUGUCUUUUAUUUUCAAUGCUGAAGCGUGACAGAGAUCAUGAGCUCCUGAUUACCCCAACGACAGAGCAAGGCAGUGAGAAGCUAUUUUUGACAACAAUAACAUGGAAUCCCAAUGCUCUGA